AUGGAGGAGGUGAUGGAGGAGGAGGAGGAGGUGAUGGAGGAGGUGGGAGUGAUGGAGGAGGUGAUGGAGGAGGUGAUGGAGGAGGUGAUGGAGGAGGUGAUGGAGGAGGUAAUGGAGGAGGUGAUGGAGGAGGUGAUGGAGGAGGUGAUGGAGGAGGUGAUGGAGGAGGUGAUGGAGGAGGUGAUGGAGGAGGUGGGGAGAGGAGGUGAUGGAGGAGGUGAUGGAGGAGGUGAUGGGGUGAUGGAGGAGGUAAUGGAGGAGGUGAUGGAGGAGGUGAUGGAGGAGGUAAUGGAGGAGGUAAUUGAGGAGGUGAUGGAGGAGGUAAUGGAGGAGGUGAUGGAGGAGGUGAUGGAGGAGGUGAUUGAGGAGGUGAUGGAGGAGGUGAUGGAGGAGGUGAUGGAGGAGGUGAUGGAGGAGGUGAUGGAGGAGGUAAUGGAGGAGGUGAUGGAGGAGGUGAUGGAGGAGGUGAUGGAGGAGGUGAUGGAGGAGGUAAGGUGGAGGAGGUAA